AUGGCCCGCACGGCUCCCCCGACGGUGCCGCCGCCCCCGGGGCCGCCGGCCCGCGGCUCUCUCAGCCUCCAUCGCGCCUUCCUGCGGAGCCCGCUGGGCCUGCUACGCCUGGGGCAGCUGGCUCUGGGCGCUGCCUUCUGGGUGACGGUAGCGGCUCAUAAGUACGAAGGGGCGGCCCACUUCGCUCUGUUUGCCGCCGUCCUCGUCUGGCUCCUCACCCUGGCCCUCUUCGGGCUGAGCCUGCUGGGGCGCUGGGAGCUGGUGCCCUGGUUGGGCUCCCGCUGGCUCCUCACCAACCUGGUGCACGACCUGGCACUGGGUGUGGGGCUCUACGCAGCUGCCACCGGCAUCAUGGGUCACAAGGCCAAGCAGAGAAGCUUUUGCAACCUGCCGGGCUACAGCCAGCACUGCCUGUACAGUGCCUACCUGAGCGCCUCCAUCUGCGGGGGCAUCACUGCCUGCCUGUACCUCUUCUCCGGCCUCUACUGCCUGUUGCGGCGUUGCCAGGACCAGCGAGACAUCAUCUGACAUCCCGUGCCACUUGACUCCCCUUCUCAGCCGCAGACAGAACACAGCCUGUCUUUGGGAUGAAACGACCCUGCCACCCCAUCCCCUCCUGGCUGACUGCACUGCAAUUCCUCCAGAGACUCCUGCACAGACGGAUGGACAGACAGAGGCCUUCGCCGAGCACGGCUUCCCCUGCAGAGCACCGAGACAGCAUGGACACCGAGCCACUGCACAGGCCCUUCUCCCAGCCCUGGACAGACUUAGGAUACUGCAAGUGGAAGGACCCAAAUGGAGAGCCCCUAAGAGGGAUACCAAUCUUUGGGAGCCCCCCUAGGACUCAAGCCAAAAUCCCCUGGUCUUGCCAGUGCUGCAUGCUCAGG